AUGAGCAUCGCCUUCGUGCUCUGGAGCAGCAACGCCGCAGACGCCUCGGGGUGCCCGUGGGUUCGAAACGAAUACUACAAAUAUUCUGAAGAAGCCAUCAAGUUACUGCAAAAAAUGGUCGUUCAGAACAUGGGGGAUCUCGAGACCCCUGUGGCCUUCCCCGACAAGCUGUACAAGCGAGCCGCCAACGAAUCGGCGUUUUUCCGUCUCAGUUUCGAGGCGCAGGUCCUGGAGGAGGUCGCCAACCUCUUUGACAAUAACCACGCGUCUUUGGCGCUGGACGAGGUGAAGCUGGACCACUUUCUCAACAUGAUCCACCAGCAGAUAGACGGCUUGCGGUCCUGUGUCUACAUUCCCCAUCAAUUCAAAACUUAUUAUUUUUAUAUUCAGAUCACCAACAAGAAGCCACGUUUCAACACAAAACUGCACAAGUAUUUCCAGAGACUUUCACAGGAGGUUCUGGAGCAAGAGAAGUUCAGCGCCCGGUCCUGGGAGAUGAUCAGAAGUGAAGCCAUAAUGCACAUUUUCCACGCGAGCCAGCUGACGCCAACUGAGUGA